CAACGCGCCUCUUUCUCUCUCUAUAAUCCUCCUUUUCUUUCUCUAAAAUUUUCUCUCCACAUAUGCAUAGGUGUUGACAAGAAGGCCUUGGUAGAAGAAAAUGGAGGCAGCGAUGGGACUGAUGAGAAGGAUGCCACCGAAGCACGCAGAGACGGCUCUUUCUGCUCUUCUCAGCCUUUUGCCUGAGCAUUCCUCAGAUCUCCUCUCUCAAAUCGAUCAGCCUCUUCAGGUUCUAUGUGAUGUGGACUGUGGGAAGGAGUUCAUAUUGUGCGAAUACAACAGAGAUGCUGACUCUUAUAGAUCACCUUGGUCAAGUAAAUAUCAUCCACCAUUGGAAGACGGGCCCCAGCCAUCUCCAGAGUUGAGGAAACUUGAGAUUGAAGCAAAUGAUAUCUUUGCAGUUUAUCGUGACCAGUAUUAUGAAGGUGGCAUUUCAUCAGUUUAUAUGUGGGAUGACGAGACUGAAGGCUUUGUAGCUUGCUUCUUGAUAAAGAAAGAUGGCUCGAAGUCAGGACAUGGUAGAAGAGGUCAUCUGCAGGAGGGAGCAUGGGAUGCUAUACAUGUUAUUGAGGUGAGGCCAGAUGAGGAAGGAACAGCCCAUUACUGUUUAACAAGUACUGUGAUGCUGUCAUUGACUACAAAUAAUGAGUCAUCAGGCACCUUUAAUUUGUCAGGGUCAAUUAGAAGACAGGUUGGAGAGCUGUGGACAGUUUUCAGUUGAGUUCUCAAGUUUGGCAGCAUUUAUUCGUGAAAGGAACAUUGGACAUUUUUUGGGAAAAGCUAUUAAGUUUCCAUUACCCCUGCCUGCUUUCUUUUUGGUAUAGAUGGAUAUGGACCUCUCAGUCGCAGAUGGUCAUCUAUCUAACAUGGGAAGGAUGAUCGAAGAAAUGGAGGGCAAGCUGAGGAACUCAUUGGAGCAGGUUUAUUUUGGGAAAACAAAAGAGAUGGUUUGCACGUUGCGUCCGCCCUCAGAAUUGGUUCAAAUGAGGCUACCCGACAGCCGAAAUGUGUGAUUUCUUCAACUUCUGCAAUGACUUUGUCUCUGGUUUUCUUUUUUCAUCUUUACCAACACCUUGUGAGAUUGUGGUGGGAUAGUAAAUGCUUUCAUCUUCGGUUUGCAAUUGCUAAUUUGUUUUUGAAUUCCCAAUGUGAGGUGGCAUUUGCUGCAGCAACAUUCCUUGGCUUUUUGGCUUUCCUUGGGAAUACACUGCCAAUUUUCAUUGAGCUGAGUUAAAAGAUUUGGCUGGUCUUCAAGUAAUAUAUAAACCCUGUUUUAUAAGCUCCUUGCCUGACCAAGUAAGGAAUGUACAAUAUGAAAUAUGAAUUGAGACGUGAAUACCCUCUCUUGCCCGAUUGAGGAGAG